AUGUUUGCCAGACCUGGUGAUCCUCGAUCACUCCUUCGAAGCGACACCCAUGCAGAGUGGUGGGGCGCUCAAGGAGUUUUCAACCAGCCGCGCUCUCGUGCUGGACCGCUACCGUCGGCUUCCAUUCAAGACUUCUCCAAGGUCUACGAAGAGCUGAGCGCGCGUGACGAAGAGAAGAAGAAGAAGAAGGGUCGUCGCCUGGCGAAGCCAUCUCCACACAAUGCGUUUAGCUCGCGCUCUGGCAGUUCCGAGAGAGGCUUCGAGGAUAAGACCUGGACUGUCGAGCCAGCCAUCCACGGUAAUGGAGGUCUUGUCAAUGCCGUUCGUCAAGUAUCACAAGACGAUGAUACCAUGAACGAGCACGAUCAGCCCAUGGAUGUGACCUGGAUAGGCACUUUGGGUAUGCCGACCGACGCCUUACCCGAGAGCACCAAGGAGGAAGUUCAUGAUAGGCUCCUCAAUGAAUUCCAGUCAGAGGUUGUAUACUGCUCUGACAAGGACCUCGAUGGUCACUACGCCCACUACUGCAAGACCAUUCUCUGGCCCAUCUUCCACUACCAGGUUCCCGACCACCCGAAAAGCAAAGCGUACGCCGACCACAGCUGGGAGUUCUACCGAAACGUCAAUCGAGCAUUCGCAGACAAGGUGAUCGCUAGCUACAAGCGAGGCGACACCAUCUGGAUUCACGAUUACCACCUCCUCCUCGUCCCUGGCAUGGUGCGUGAGAAGCUGUCAGACGCGAAAAUUGGCUUCUUCCUGCACACGGCAUUUCCAUCAUCAGAAGUGUUCAGAUGCUUGUCGACCAGAAAGGAACUUCUGGAUGGCAUGCUCGGCGCAAAUCUCAUCGGCUUUCAGACCGAAGAGUAUGCGUCGCACUUCCUCCAGACUUGCUCUCGCCUGCUUGCUGUCGAGACCACGUCGGAGGGGGUGCAACUCGACGACCACUUCGUCAACGUCGUCAGCCAGCCUAUCGGCAUCAACCCACCAAUGUUUGAGCAGAUGCUGCAAGAGGACGAAGUCCAGGAAUGGAUCACUACCAUCCUGGAGAAGUACAAGGGCAAGAAGCUCAUCGUUGCUCGAGAUCGCCUCGACCACGUUCAUGGAGUGCGUCAGAAGCUGCUCGCUUACGAGCUUUUCCUCAACAAAUAUCCCGAGUGGCGCGAAGACGUGGUCCUCAUUCAAGUCGCCACCUCUACCAACGAGCAGUCGGAGCUUCUCACCACAGUCUCAGACAUUCAGAACAGAAUAGAUUCUGUUCACUCCACCCUUGCUCAUCAGCCCUUGGUCUUCCUGAAGCAGGACAUAGCAUUUGCUCAGUAUGUGGCGCUGCUGACAGUAGCUGAUGCUUUGAUGAUCUCUGCCUUGCGUGACGGCAUGAACUUGACGGCCCACGAGUUUAUCUAUUGCCAGGACGGCAGAAGUGGUAUUAAGAAGUACGGCCCUCUGAUCCUGAGCGAGUUCACCGGCAGCGCGGCGGCUCUUGGCCACGAUUUCCUCUCUAUCAACCCUUGGGACUUUUCUGGUAUGGCGGAAGCAAUCAAGCAAGCACUGGAGAUGGACGAGGGGAAGAAGAAAGCGCAGUGGGAGCGCCUCCACCACACUGUAAUGACACAGACUGGCGCACACUGGCAACGUCAGCUCAGUAAAGAGCUUGACCGCGUAUACGAAGAGCACCAUCAACGUGCAUCGGCAUCAGUGCCACGAUUGAACGUCUCGCAGCUUGCUGAGCAGUACAAGAUUUCCGAAAGCAGGCUUUUCAUCAUCGACUACGAGGGUACUCUGGCUCCUCACAAGACCCACUAUGGUAUCCCACUUGGAUCUCCAGCUCGUCUCGUGGAGACACUCAAUAACCUUAUGACCGACCCCAAGAACGUCGUUUAUGUUAUGUCAGGACACAAGCCAGAGGAGCUGGAAAAUCACUUCCGGACUCUGCCCAAGGCUGGUCUGAUCGCAGAGAAUGGAUGCUUCGUGCGUGAGUUCGGUGCUCAGAACAUGGAGUGGACUCCCUUCACAGAUCUCGACAAGGUGGCCGAAUGGAAGGAGCAGACCAAGAAUAUUCUUCAAUAUUACUCUGACCGGCUUGAGGGCUCAUAUCUCGAGGAGCGCCACUGCAGCUUGCUCUUCCGAUACGAGAAGUGCGCAGACCAGGAAUCUGCGCUUCGCUUUGCGGGAGAGUGCGCAGACCAGAUCAAUGGUGCUUGCAAGUCCAUGAAGAUCCACGCAGUGCCAAUUAAGAACGCUGUCCUCAUUGAGCAAGAGGACUUCAGCAAAGGCACCGCUGCGACCCAUGUCUACGACACCAUUUGCGAGCGCACCAAGGGACUCUCAAGACCUGACUUCAUGAUGGUUGCUGGAGACGAUCGUGAAGACGAAGUGAUCUUCAAGUGGGCCAACGAUCUAGGGAAGGAGGGCAAGUUGAAGAAUGUCUUUACCAUCACUGUUGGGAGGCGCAACACUGUCGCCCAGGCCACAUUGACCCAAGGAUCGACCGGCCUGCUGACUGUUCUGGGCAAACUCGCCAAGAUCUCAGCAGAGUCGCUCCCACCAGACUACUUCAAUCUGCCGAGAAACAAGACAUUCCCAUCAUAGUGGAGUUCGGGUUUGAUGGCGAAUUCAACCAAGAUCCGGCCCCGCUGGUGAAGGCUCCGAACAUGCCAAGGAAAGAGAUCGUGCCUGCAUCUGCAUCGAGACCUCAGCUGCGGGACAGCUCGUCAAGAGGGACACAGAUGAGUACACCCAGCUACUGCUUGAUUGCAUUGCAAUAUCAUAGCAAGCGAGAGAUACCCAGAAUUCUGCAGCAUAGCUUGCGUUGCUUCAUGGCAUGGCGUAAGGACAUAGACAGAUAACGAUGGUAUCAGUUAUGGAUGUUGCAGAGCAUUUGCAGCAAUGCCGUUACGAGUACG